AUGGCGACGGGGGCUGCAACGCUCGCAGAGUCGUUCCUGGCGGACCUGGAUGACCUGUCGGACGAGGAGCCGGAGGACGUGGUGACCACCGAGCGAUACCAGUGCAUCUUGGAGGCCACUCGCCAGGCCCUGGCUGAUGAUGAGGCCGGGACCAGCGAGCAGCAGGCCUGGUCCGGCCCCACCGAGGACGACCCCACCUACAAGUUGCUGGUCCAGUGCAACCAGCUGUCGGUGGACGUGGACGCGGAGAUCGCGGCGGUGUACAACUUCCUGCGGGACCACUACCGCCCCAAGUUCCCGGAGCUCGAGUCCCUGGUGCAAAACCCGCUGGACUACGCGGCGGUGGUGGCGGCCAUCGGGAACGAGCUGGACGUGACCGCCGUGGACCUCGACGCACUGCUGCCCCCCGCCACCGUCAUGGUGGUCACCGUCACCGCCACCACCACGGCAGGCAAAGCACUGAGCGAGGAGGAGCUCAGGCGGGUGGAGGAGGCGUGCGCGAUGAUCAGCCGGCUGGCGGCGGACAAGGCGCUGAUGCUGCGCCUGGUGCAGCUGCGCAUGGACCGCAUCGCGCCCAACCUGUCGGCGGCGGUGGGCACCGAGAUCGCGGCGCAGUGCAUGGGCCUGGCCGGGGGCCUGCUGGCACUGGCCGCCAUGCCCGCCUGCAACCUGCUGGUCCUGGGGGCCAAGCGCCGCACGCUGGCCGGGUUCUCCUCCACCGCCGCCGCGUCGCACCAGGGCUUCGUCCACGGCUCCGCGCUGUGCGCGCUGCUGGCGCGCAUGGACGCGUACGGGCAGGACCCGUCGGGGGCGCGGGGACGCGCGGCACGCGAGGACAUGGCCAAGAAGAUCGAGAAGUGGCAGGAGCCGCCGCCCGCCAAGCAGACCAAGGUGCUGCCCGCGCCGGACGCCAACGAGCAGCGGCGGCGGCGCGGCGGGAAGCGGUACCGCAAGGAGAAGGAGCGUUACGGGCUGACGGAGCUGAAGAAGCAGGCCAACCGCAUGGCCUUCAACCAGGCGGAGGACGAGUUCUACGACGGCGAGGACACCAUCGGCCUGGGCGUGAUUGGAAAGGACGGCAGCGGGCGUCUGCGCAACGUGGCCAUCCAGCAGCGGCAGAAGCUGUCCGCCAAGAGCGCCAAGAAGUUUGCGGCGCGGAGCUACGGCUCCUCCGGCGCCGCCAGCGGCCUGUCCUCCUCCCUGGCCUUCACCCCCAUCCAGGGCAUCGAGCUGGCCAACCCGCUGCAGGGCCAGGCGGCCGCGGACCGCAUGCGGGACGGCACCGACAGCUACUUCUCGGAGUAUUCGGGCUUCAAGUCGGGGAGGAAGUGA